AUGAAACUACACAACGCUAUCGUUCAGAAAAUCUCUACACAUGUGAAACAAUUCUAUGAUGACAAAAUCCCAUUCCACAUAUACCAUGGCUCAACGAACUCGACACGCGCUUCAACGAAGCUUCGCUCGAACACUGUCGACACAAGCAGCCUCAACCGAGUGCUCAGGAUUGAUCAAGAGAGAAAGGUUGUCUUAGUAGAGCCAAAUGUCCCUAUGGAUAUGCUUGUCAAGGCAACCCUUCCAUAUAGACUAAUUCCGCCGGUCGUCAUGGAAUUUCCUGGAAUAACGGCCGGUGGUGGAUUUGCCGGAACAGGCGGAGAAAGCAGCUCCUACCGACACAGCUUUUUUGAUAGAACUGUCAACUGGAUCGAGGUAGUGGUUGGGAAUGGCGAUAUUCUCACUGCCUCCGCAACAGAGAACUCCGAUCUCUUUUUCGGGGCUGCAUGCUCAUUCGGAACCUUGGGCAUAACCACUCUCCUCGAAAUACAGCUGCUAGAGCUCCCUGUAGAGCCAGCAGUAGAGUUGACCUAUUUUCCAAUCUCAAUGGGCGUCGAAGAGGCUGUACGAAAGAUCGAGCAUCUCACACCUGACCCAGCAUACCAGUACUUGGACGGCAUUCUGUUCACCAAAGAGAGAGGAGUUAUCUGUGCAGGAUCAAUUACAAGCGCUGCAGACCACGGCUCUCGAAGAAUACAAACAUUUACUCGCCCUUCCGACCCCUGGUUUUACAUGCACGCUGAAGACAUGGCCUUUUCGGCUGCCGAGGAAGCUGGCCCCGCAAAGGACCUUAUUCCAAUUGCUGACUAUCUGUUUCGAUAUGACAGAGGCGGAUUCUGGGUUGGCAAAUAUGCGUUUGAGUACUUUUUAUUUCCUCAAACCAAGUUCAUGCGGUGGGCCUUGGAUCGCAUCUCUCACACAAGGGUGAUGUAUCAUGCCGUCCACAAGAGCGGUCUAUUCAGCGAAUACACAAUCCAAGAUGUUGCAGUCCCUUAUAGAGGGGCUAAAGAGCUGGUUGACUUUGUGGACGAUUCAUUUGGGAAGUAUCCCCUUUGGAUCUGUCCGGUGCGUUCAACCACAGCUCACGUCACGGGGUUAGUAGCAGAAACCCGAGCCCAACCAGCUUCCGAGCCGGAUGACUCUGGGAUGAUGCUCAGUGUUGGUAUCUACGGACCAGGUCCAAAAGGCCGGGAGUUUCUCCGCUUUAACCACGCUCUCGAGAAGCUAGUAAACAAACUUGGGGGUCAGAAGUGGCUGUAUGCGCGGACCUACUACACUGAAGAAGAUUUUUGGUCAAUUUAUGACUAUUCCACAAGAGACGAGCUUCGGCAGAAAUACCAUGCGAAAUACUUGCCAAACCUUUACCAAAAGGUUCGCGCCAACCGCGAGGUAUUAUCCAGUAGCUCCAUGCAUCGGUCAUGGAUGUCAAGGCUACUGGAACAAAUAUGGCGACAGUGA